AUGUCGUAUGACCCACGGCGCGUAAAGGACAUCGAGUGUGCCAUCGACUCGACGCCGUCUACCUCGGCCCCCUCGGUCCUAGGCUCACCAUUACGGCUGCACUCUCCGCUCCCUGUGUACUGGACGCCCCCGCCAUCCCUCGAAACCACCACCCUCGACACCGUUGGCGACGUGGCGGGAUUCAUCGCCCGCGUCGCGUUCCACCUCCUGACCUUCACUGGCGGCCUCUACCUCGCCUCGACAGUCUUUACUUCACUCGCCCCCCUUCUGGAAGAGAGUUGGAUAUGGACGCCCCCCGUCUUUGUAGCGUGCGCCUUGGCCAUGAUGAUGGCUCCAUUUUGGGGCCUACUCGUCCUUCAUUUCCUCCCAUCCAAACCUAAUUGGGACGGCCACACGCGCAAGUGCUUGGCUUCCAUCGGAGUUGGACUCGGUCUGGCCGGGAUUAGAGUCCUUAUCGUCCUGGGAACGCUCGUCCAUGCCACACUGCCCUGCCACGAGGUGACUCUGGCUUGUGCUGCCGACUCGGCGCUUGCAGUCACCCAGUCUCUCCGGACCGCGCCGACCAACAAGGUCGCGACAAGCAUCGCGGUCAGCCUCGUGCCACUCGCCUGUGCGUGGUGGUAUACGUCACGUAAGAAGACGAUUGGGUAUUAUGUUUUCAUGGCGCUCAAGGCGGCAGGGGUGGGAUUGGCACUUGUCAAUGUCUGGCUGGUGGUUGCCGUCGGGAGUGAGAAUGACGCGAUGAGGAAUGAGCUCGGCAAGUGUCGUAACCGCACAGAGGGGCAGGUGCCGGUCAGUUUAUAG